AUGUUCGAAUGCGAUUACUGUACCGACACAUUCUAUGAAGAAGAAGAUUGCGACGAGCACAUGGAUGAAUACAACCACUGGGUGCGAGUCGAGUGCGAAACCUGCGAUCGACGAUUCCGCUCCCAAAAUGCCUGCCAGCAGCAUAUGAAUGCUACAAAUCACCACAAGCCCAAGCACGGAUGCGACACUUGUACCAAGAUGUUCUUCACCUCCCAGGCAGCGAUGCAGCACAUGCAAGCCAGUGGUCACCGAAAAAACUUCUGCCAGCCAUGCAACCGCCAAUUCAUGAACGAGAAUAACUUCCGGGCCCAUAUGAACUCCAAAACCCACCGCGGCAAACAAGUUAAGUGCCCCUUCUGCACCGCGACCUUCGUCACCGCAAGCGGAGCCUCUCACCACCUGGAGACCGGAGCGUGUCCCAAUGCCCGCCAUGCCACACGCGAAUCUAUCCACCGUGCCAUCUCACAGCUUGAUCCCACGGGUAUCAUCACCAAGAAGCAGAUUGGCUGGCAUGAUGAGCGUAACUCUACUUACUCUGCUACCGAUGCGGCGUUCAACGGCAGACAUUGGAUUUGUUACUUUUGCUCAAAGGGGUUCGGCACUAGGGACUCACUGAACAAGCAUUUGAAUUCCCCUGUCCAUCAGUCGAAGAUCUAUCACUGCCUCAACAAGCGUGGACGGUGCACUAAGGAGUUUGUCUCGCUGGCUGCUUUGUUUAAUCAUUUGGAAAGCGAGUCUUGUGGGUUUACUCGCUUUGAAAAUGUCCAGAAGUUCCACAAUCGCUUGAACGAUGCGGUUCAGAAUCGUCGGAUGAUUACCGGACUGGCCAUUUGA